UUUUGAGGCUUAUAAUAGACGGCCGUUAACUCUGCUAGAAGCCAGUUGCCUCCUCCCCACAUACAUGGCCUCCUCCCCCGCAAAUCACGAAGGCUUCCACAAAUUCUUCGAAAGCUGGCUCACAGAGCAAAACCAGCACCUUCAAGAGCUCAUUUCUGCGUCCAGAAACAAUCAGCACACUGACGAUUCUGAUCAAAUCCUGUGCCCUCUGGUAGAACGCGUGGUCAGCCACUACCAUAACUACUACCACGCCAAAUCCCUCUCGACAAGGGACAACAUUUUGUCUAUGCUCACCCCGCCUUGGCGAUCUUUAUUAGAGGACGCCUUUCUCUGGGUUGGCGGGUGGAGACCGAGCGUGGCCUUCCACCUGCUCUACUCCAAGUCGGGUUUGCAGUUUGAGAGUGGACUUGCUGACCUGAUCCGCGGGCUGAGCACUGGGGAUUUGGGCGAUAUGUCUCACGAGCAGCUCUGCCGCGUGGAUGAGUUGCAAAGGAAGACUAUAAGAGAAGAGAGGGAGAUGACAGAAAACAUGGCUAGGAUUCAGGAGACGGUGGCGGACUCCAAGAUGGUGGAGUUGUCGGAGGCAGCCACGGAGGAGGGCGGCGGUGGAGAUGAUCUGGGGGAGAGAGUUGAGUCAGCGCUGAAGCAUAAGGAGGAGGGGUUGGCGGAGAUGCUGCUCAAGGCGGACGAUCUAAGGCUGAGAACACUCAAGGGCGUCCUGGACAUUCUCACUCCGAUGCAGUGCGUCCAUUUCUUGAUAGCUGCGGCGGAGCUCCACUUGAGGCUUCAUAAGUGGGGUAAGAACAAGGAUGAGCAGCAGCACCACGUCUAAAAUAUGGGACCAAUUAAAUGGAGGUUUUUUAUUGUGAAAUUAAAAAGUUGCUAAGCCCUAAGUCCUAAGUGUCACAUGGAUGUUUUUAUCUUUUCUAAAGUUCAAGAAAGAGAGACGCUUGAUUUACUCCU